UCGGUAGUUCCCGAAACACCGGAAACGUUCUUUGGUUCGUUUGCCGCCAAAGCAAGCAGUGUGUUGGGAUGAAAUUGUUUAUACUUUAAUUCGAGAUCCUACGCUUAUCAAGAGAUUAGUUGUCUAAUACAGUACAAAGAACAAAAUCUGGCGAACAGUCCCUUAAACUCGUUAUUGUAAAAUUGUCAGUGUUUUGGUGAAAUUAUUGGUUAAACGAAGUCAACGAUGGCCAAAGUUCAGUUAGCAAAUGUAGCCGUUCUCGAUAAUCCUUCACCGUUCCUCAAUCCAUUUCAGUUCGAAGUUACUUUUGAAUGUAUCGAAGAACUAAAAGAAGAUUUAGAGUGGAAAAUGAUCUAUGUUGGAAGUGCAGAAUCUGAAGAAUUCGACCAGGUUUUAGACACAAUUUAUGUUGGGCCAAUUCCUGAAGGAAGGCAUAUGUUCAUUUUUCAGGCUGAUCCCCCUGAUGUCAGUAGAAUUCCAGUAAAUGAUGCUCUAGGAGUCACAGUUGUUUUGUUAACUUGUUCAUAUAGGGGACAUGAAUUUGUACGUGUUGGUUAUUUUAUAAAUAAUGAGUACACAGACGCAGAACUUAGAGAAAAUCCACCACCACAGCCUCAGUUUGAUAAAGUACAAAGAAAUAUCUUAGGGGAUAAACCACGUGUUACUAGAUUCAAAAUAAACUGGGAUGAUGGAGCAAGUACGGCAACAAACAAUGUACCAGAAGGCAUGGAUGCACAAUCAUUAGAAGAGACAUCACAGGAUGCACCAACAUCUACAUUGGGUUUUACAGAAAAUACACACAAUAGUAUGGAAGUGAUGUGAAUGUCCGUUAACUGCCAAUAAUACAUAAGCUAGCACAGACCAUAAUAUGAUGAAGUAGUACCUGGAAAGAAGAUUCGAACGGUUCAUAUAUUUGGAUACCUCAAAAGAAAAACAUUAUAAGAAAAUGAUAGCCUUUUAUGUGGUACAUGCUAAUUGAUUUUGCUUUACUAAGAAAGCUCAUAUGUUCAAAGAAAAUUGCACAAUAAUAAGAUUAUUUUAACUUUGUAUAGAAAUGAAAUGGUUUAUUGUUGGAUACUUAUAUAUAAUUGUUUGUCUUUUGGAAAAAAGCUUGGAUUACUUACUAUAUAUCAUUGAAAAAAAGUAACUUUAUUGAUCACGAAAAAAUAAAUUUCUAAUAGAGAUUAUAAACGAUACGUUUAUUAAGAAAAACACUAUAUUGAAAUACUUUUUAAUAACAGAAUAUGGAAGAAGAAUAUGCUUCAAACUAACAUCAUGGUCGUUAAUACAAUGAAAAAUAUUCUGGAACUGUUUAAACAUUAAUACUUAAUAAUGGUAAUUUAAAGCUGAUUGUAUGAUGAUAUUCUAGAAAUGUUUGGAAUUUUUGUGUUUAAUACUUUAAGUAUUAUGGCUUAUUAUAUCAUAAAUUAAUAGAAUUAAGGCUGUUCCCAUUUCAUCAGUGUAUAUACAUAUAUACUAAAAUGAGAAAUACACAUUAUGUUUUUUACUUCA